AUGGGCAUCGGCCUCGGUUUCCAUACCUUCGCCGUGGACUUUGCGCUGGCCACCGAAUGCCUUCCGUCGGAGGAGUCGCGCGGGACUGAUCUGGCCGUGUGGAACCUGGCCAUGUCCCUCCCCAUCGCCUUCUCCGGCCCCCUAGGUGGAGUGAUGCUCGACAACGGCCAGCGGGUGGGGCAUGCACUGAACCUGCCCAACCUGGGCUACGUGGGCCUGUUUGCCAGCUGUGGCUUCCUGCUUGCACUGAGCGCCUUCUUUGUGCGCCGCAUCACCGUCGGCAACCCCGUCCGCCGGCGAAAGCCCACCAACGAGAUCGAUCUCGAAUUGGUGGAGGUGGAGGAUGAUGGCACAUUCCAGUAG